AUGUCUCCGACGCCCGCCGCGGAAACCGGCGGGCCCUCGGAGUCGGGCUAUAAAAGUGGACGCGCCGAGGGCGCGAGCUUCAGUCGACAGGCGAUCGACACCACGACCACACAGCGGGCCGGCGCUGUUCUGUGCCACGGCGAUCUCUACGGACGGUCAGCGGACGACGAGCUCGCCACCAUCAGCACCCCAGCCAGCUCUGCCCGCGAC